GUUAUAAAAAUUUGAUAGUUUAGUGCAAUUAAGAAUUAGUUCAAGUUUGCAAAGAAAAUGGCAGAUAUUUUAGAUAUAUUAGACAUAGAGCACCCAGGAGCAUCAGAAAUAACUAGGGACAGUAUUAUCCACGGUGACAAAGUAAAAAAGAAAUAUGUUACAACUAAGGCUGUACGGCGUCCUGAAGGCAUGCACCGUGAAGUGUUUGCCUUGCUUUACAACGAUAAUAAGGACUUGCCUCCUCUUCUACCUACGGAUACCGGAAAGGCCUAUAAACAAACAAAAGCAAAGCUUGGUAUGAGAAAAGUGAGAAAAUGGGUAUGGGCACCAUUCACAAACCCAGCACGCAAAGACAAUGCUGUUUUUCAUCACUGGAAGAGAGCCUCAGACGAAGCUAAAGAAUACCCAUUUGCACAGUUCAAUAAGCAAGUAUCAAUUCCUUCAUACUCUGAAUCAGAAUAUAAUCAAUACCUUAAAUCAGAAGAUUGGAGUCAAGCAGAAACUGACCACUUAAUUGACCUUUGUCAAAGGUUCGACCUAAGAUUCAUUGUUAUACAUGACCGAUGGGACAAAGCUGCGUUUCGAGACAGAAGUGUGGAGGAUUUAAAAGAGAGAUACUACAAUAUUUGUAGUAUAUUAAGCAAAGUUAAGACAAACCCAUGGUCUAACACAGUGACAAUGGUGAAUGGAGAAAAAAGAAUAUAUCAUUAUGAUGCUGAACAUGAGAGGAAAAGAAAGGAACAAUUGAAAAGACUAUUUGACAGAACACAAGAACAGAUUGAUGAAGAACAGAUGUUACUAACAGAAUUGAAAAAGAUAGAAGCAAGAAAACGUGAAAGGGAUCGAAAAACACAAGACUUACAAAAGUUAAUAUCAAGAGCCGAUAGUGGUAACAGUACUACAAACAACCAAGCUAAUGUUACCAAUGAAGCAGCUAUGCCAACGAAUACAGUUUCCAACAUAGUGAGGCGGCACGAUAGGAAGCUACAUAAAAAAAAACUCGCCACCCAGCAGAGGCCAGUGCGUACAGUGGAGACUGUUACAGUAGAGUGGUCUGGUAUAAAGUUUCCCGAAGCACGUGGAACUGGUGUUUGGCUUCGAUCUCAACGUAUGAAAUUACCUCCAGGUGUUGGCCAGCGUAAAACAAAAGCAAUUGAACAAGAGUUACGUCUUAUGAAUAUUGAUAUUGCUCCUACCCCAACUGAAGCUAUUUGCAAACACUUUAAUGAAUUACGUUCUGAUCUUGCUCUGGCAUUGGAUCUGAAGAAUGCGCUAGCUUCGUGUGAGUUUGAACUGCAAGCCUUAAGACAUCAAUACGAAGCCCUAAAUCCAGGAAAGACUUUAAGCAUCCCUCCUUCAAUAUGCAACACAAAUGCUGAUGGAGAAGCAAAGCCUUUAGGUGAAAUCAUUGACGUUGUUGGAUCUCCAGGUGCUUUAAACUCAACAAUUUAGUUACCUAAUUGUAAUUCAAAAAUGUUCUUAAUAAGUCACGGAAAUAGCCUUUUAUAUCUUUCUUAGCCUUUUAUUUCUUUUUAAAGCAGUAUUUGUCAUAUGAAUGUGUAUUUCUCUGUAUGUAAAUAAUAAUAACAAAUAUUUUAGCAGUCUAUGCUGUUAAUAUCUUCUAGUGAUUGCCAUUU